AUGGAAGUUUCUAAUAUAGAAUUAAUAGAAGAUAAUGAAAAUGAAUCUAAUGAAGAACAAAUUGGAGGUGAAUUUGAUAAAGAAAGCUUUAUUGAGACUGUUUGCAAAUUUCGGUGUCUCUGGGACACAAACGAAAAAAGCUACAAAGAUAGAAAUGUGAAAGUAAAUUCAUGGAAACAGCUUUCAGUAAUUUUUAAUCAGGAUGUAUGUGUUCUACAAAAAACCUUGAAGAAUUUGAAAGAUAAUCUAAAAAAAUGUUUAGAUCGAAGACGAGCUCUUACAAGAUCUGGAGCUGGAGCUUUUUCCUUGCCAAAAUGUAAAUACUUUGAUCAAAUGGCUUUUCUUCAUGAAAAAAGUUCAAACAAACCAACCGUGAGUAACGUAAAAUCGACUACUGAAUGUACAAAUUCUAAAAACUUGAAUGAAAGUAAUGCUAGUUUGACUACAGAACUAACAACCUUGCCAAUUAUUUCUCAACUUUCCAUCCCUGCAGAUGAUUCAAGCGAGAAAUGCAAAGAUGUACGUAUAAACAAAAAGCGAAAAUCAGUUAUAGAAAAAUCCGAUAACCUUUUUUUAAAGUAAAUGAAAGAUCUGG